AGGUUUCUAUGAUACAGUAUAGUUGAAUGUAGAUGUCCAACAUUGUGGACACGGCUGGCAGGGAGGAGUAACAGUGUGUUAUCAUUUUUAUUUAGCACGUGUGUAUUUCUUUAUUAAUUUUAAUGAUAACAAACACAUUUUGUUUUGGAUUCUUCUAAUCCUGGAGGUGUGAGGGUGUGACAAACUGGAACCCAAAAGCACGACUCUGAGACAGGGGUAACAAAGAUGAACAUCUUUACUCUGUACAGGCAGGGUCAAAACCGGCAGUCUGUAAGGCAAACAAGUCCAAAAAGGGGCAGACAGGAAGUCGAAGUACGGGGCAGGCAGGGUCAGAACAUGCAGAUCAGGACUAGCGACUAAAGUAAUGCUGGAGCGCUUGGCACGAAAACACAAGACAAUCUGGUAGAGGACAAGUGAGGGGACCUAAGUAGUGAGUGACUAACGAGGGAAUGGGCUGCAGGUGAGAUGGGCGUGAGAACCAGGUGAAGGGAAUGAAGGAUGAUCAGGUGUGAAUGACCGGGUCUGAAAUGACAAGAGAGUUAAUUAAACUAGAAAACAGAAUGAAAACACUAAUAAGAAGGGGAAUUCGUGACAGGAGGUUGGCCAUUUUAGUUAAUAAGUGGUUAUAUUUCGUUGUUGUGACUUGGAUAGAUUAAGCAUAAAUUCACAGUUUUGAUCAUUUAGUUCUGGGGCAUUUUAUUAGCUUAAAAAAAAAAUAACAGGCCAACAAAGUUUCAAACUGUAUUUGAUGCAAACAGAAUACUUCAGUUGGAGGGAAAGAUAACUGCUCUAGGUCAGAUGUCACUCGCACCUUUAUUUUGAAAAUCACCUGAUUCCCACAGCGGACGUAUAUGAUGUUCUUCUUCCGGAGUUUGCGAGCUGUUAUAUUGACGUUCCGAUUUGAGUUUUGCGUUAUCGUUUCCAGUUUUUUGGUUUCAUUGAUUUUAGCAGCCACGUUGGCUGAAACUUACUGACACGUCUAGCUCACACAUGACGCGUUUGUUUGACGUUUUCAGGGACAACGCACCGAGUUAGCGAUCCACGUUACAGUGUAGUUGCUGACUUCACGACUCGCUAGCUUGCAGGAUGUCUAAACUUGAACGUUUGAAUGCCCGAGUGGCCAAGCUGCUGACUGAAGCGGUGCACGAGGUACUGGGGGUGGUGAAGGAGACGGUGUCCGAGUACCAGGAGAAAACUGCCAGAACACAAAGAGAGAACGAGAGUCUAAAAAGAAGGCUGCAGGACCUUCAGGACAAGAUGACGAGAUCAAGCAUAGCUGUUCUACCUACAAGUAGUCCGUUACCUGAAGAAACCGAAGACAUGCAGAGUCAAGAGCACGAUUUGGUGCUCGCUUGGAGGCAGGACCUGGACCUUGCUCUCGCAGAGCAAAAACAGAUAAGCAGCCACAAACCCGACCAUGACGUGAAGCAUGAAUUGAAACCACAGGACAGCUGCAAUAACAUUGAACCACAAGCUGAGUGCAACUCUGAACAGACAACAGAAGACUGCAUAGCCCAACCAGAGGUGGGGACACAGAUUAUUGAGGCUGCAAUGACAGUCCACACAUCACACAGUGCCAACACAGAAAUCGGUGAUGUCUCACCCAAUAAUGCAUGCACUUCUCAAUCUAGCACCUCACUCAGUGUAAACCUUGCGAUUAUCAAAAAAGAGUUUGAACUAAAAGACUGCACAACAUCAGAACCACCAUCUCUUCAACAGCAAUAUAGUGGAUGUGUAGAUUUAAGCUGCAACUCUUCUCGUCAGAACUGUGCUGAGACGCACAUGUCACAAGUUAGUGCCGAACCUCACGAACGUGUCUUUGUCCACUCGAGACAUGCCGUACCUAGGAGGCUUGGCUUUGCAAAAACAAACAGGGGUGCAUUUGAUGGGAGAAAAAUCCGGAUGGAGCACUUCAGGACUGAUGAGUCACACUUGUGUGUUGUGUGUGGAAAGAAGUUCAGCAGGAUCGGGAACUUGAGAAUCCAUCAACGUUGUCACACAGGAGAGAAGCCGUAUGGCUGCAUACAGUGUGGGAGACGUUUUAGUCAGGCGGGAGACCUUAAAAAACACAAGAGGGUCCACACGGGGGAGAAACCGUACUACUGCAACCAGUGUGGAAAGAGCUUCAGUCGGGGGGAGAAUCUGAAAAGGCAUCAGAAGAUCCACAUCGGAGAGAUUUUACAGUUGCAGCAAGUGUGGAGAGAGCAACCGCAAUGAUUGUUAUGCUCGACUGACUGCGACUCAACUAAAUCAUCACACUUACUUUGUUUAGAAUCUGUGAAGGAUCUUUUUGGACUUUGCCCUGCGUUUAAGAAAUAGUUACAAUUAUAAACUAUUGAACAUAUUGAAAGGCUAGUCUUUUGGAAUUGCAGUGUGUUACAAUGAGUCACUUGCUGUUCUGGUGUGUAGCCAGUUAUGUGCUUGUUACGCUCGUCUUUUUGUCCCUCUGAUUGUGAUGAAACGCGCCUGGAACCAAAGAGGCUAAAGCUUUACAGAUGGAGACGCACUGAUAUUAAUCAUUAUCUGUCUAAUAUUGUGGGCGAACACGAUUUGGUCAAUUGUGGAAUUGCACCUCAGAGAAAUGUUGUAGAAAUAUAAACUUAAAGGUCCUCCUCCACAUCCAUGAUACAUUCAUACAGGUGAUUUUGAUUAUUGUGGCUGAUUAGAUGAACUUUGUGGCAUCUCUCUCAUUCUCCUGUUAGCGUCGUUGUACCACAAGCUCCAUCUCGAUCAUUCUUGUUAGUACAUAGAAUGUUUACUCCAUUGAGCCUCACCUUGAGUGAUCAGCCAGAAUAAGUGAAAACACCUGCAGGGCUGUGCAGGGCAUUUAAGAUUGGCAUGAGCAAAACAUUAUCAGGAAUGUGCCAGACAAUGCAGAAGGGAAACUUUAGACAUUAACAUUUUAAAAGCUGUAGUAGUGCAUCUCUACUUUGUUGUAACAACUAUUAUUGAUGUUGGACUAAAUAUGUAUAUACAGUGAGCCUUUGGUCUAAAGAGCAGGUUGAAACAUUGUAAGGUGACACUGCUAUAUAUUGUAAAGCAUUGUCUGGCAAUGUAACACAAUUUGUUCUGUCAAAUAAGUAAAAUGGUGAAGACAAUUAUUGAAACUUUUUUAAAAUCAGGAUAGGAGAUUGUCAUUGAAAUUGGCUGAUUUUCCAGAUUGAUUGGAGCUGUUUGCUGGAUAUAUUUAUUGCAAUUCUUGGGGUUAUCAAUGAUAACCGCCAUGAAAAUAGAGUUUGCACAGCGAAACAAUAAAUUAAUUUAUUACCACCACAAACGGCCAAGUGAGCGUCUGUUCUUUAGAAGUCUCAUUAACACCACUCAAAGGCUUGUUGAUGUAUUCACAGGUGCAUUUUGAUGGCUUAAUUAAUGAAACAAGUAAGAACUUGUCUAACACCCCUGUGGCUGUUUGUAAUUAUUACCUCAUGUAAUAUUAUACAGCGAGAACUUGUGAGAAAUGAUCACAUGCACCCACUCCACCAUGCCAGACUGGUUUAGCAGACUGGUUGUUUAUCACAUGUGGCCCUAAUCCUCUUUGUAUAUUCAUACAUGCUUAUUAAAGUAAUGUUCUAAUACAAAGCACA